AUAUACAACAAAUGGCGGAGAGAAUGACACGUGGAAGUUAGAAAACCGCACAAGUUCCAAAAACAAAUGGAUCCGUCAACAACUUCGAAACUACUCAUUACACUGGGAUGCUCUUCUGGAGGUUGUGCACCGAAUCCUCUUUCCAAGUUCGCAACUUUGAUUUCAGCAAUACGUGCGACGUCCUGGAAGUUGAACGACGUCUAAACUAACUUUCGGUUAACCAUAAGGUGAUACACUCUUUUGCGACAACGACAGCAAAAGGCAAUCCGAACUACAACUAUGUGUGGAAUUUUCUCCAUCUUCUCGUCGAGUCUUCCCGAAGCCGACCUUCGGAAAGAGCUCAUCACAUGCUCCCAAAAACUUCGUCACCGUGGACCCGAUUGGUCAGGAUACAAGGUGAUCAAGCCGGAUGCCAACAUUCCACUUGCACAUGGAAUCGGCCAUGAGCGACUUGCCAUCAUGGAUCCUGAGUCUGGAUCGCAACCUCUUGUGUCACGAGAUGGAAAUGUUAUUGUAGCUGCCAACGGAGAGAUUUACAACUUCAAGGAACUUUACAGCUCUCUCAAAACACCAUACACCCCUAUGACAGGAUCUGAUUGCGAAUGCAUUCUCCCCCUUUACGAAGAACAUGGUCCCUCCGCCGAGAUGGUCACGAACUUGAGAGGUAUGUUUAGUUUCAUUCUUUACGACAAAAAAACAGACACCUACAUGGUUGCAAGAGAUCACAUUGGAAUUACUCCGUUGUACAUUGGAUGGGGUAACGACGGGUCGGUCUACGUCGCCUCAGAGAUGAAGAGUCUUGUUGGGGAGUGCAACAAAUUCCAGAACUUUCCUCCGGGUCAUAUUUAUUGCAGCAAGGGGCCAAAGGCUGGGGAAUUCCAACGUUGGUACAAGCCAAACUGGGCACCAGAAAUGCUGCCUGGAGGUGAGAUGCCCAAAGAAGGCUAUCAAUCGGUAAGCACUUUGAUCAUUAUUGUCAUUCUCCAGUUGGUUUAUUUCUUGUGUAAUUAGCACUGGCUCUUUUAUCACAGCACAACUAUUGAUCGAAUCAAAACUUUGGGCAUUAAAUCUCACAACAUUUUUUAAUUAUCAUUUAUUGAACUCGAAAUGCUAUUUUUCUUACCACGCUAGGAUGUUCUCCGACAUGCAUUUGAACGUGCUGUUACACGUCGUAUGAUGUCUGAUGUUCCGUGGGGUGUUUUGUUGUCUGGUGGACUUGACUCCUCUUUGGUGGCUGCUAUUUGCUCGCGUCACAUCAGCCGUCGCUCCACGUCCUUUCCCAAACUGCACUCCUUCACAGUUGGUUUGGAAGGUUCGCCUGAUUUGGUGGCAGCCCAGAAGGUCGCUGAUCAGCUCGGAACGAUUCACCAUCCAUACACUUACACUCUUGAAGAGGGUUCUGAUGCUAUUCCUGACGUAAUUCGUUGCCUCGAAACCUACGAUGUCACGACGGUCCGAGCUUCGACUCCUAUGUACCUCAUGUCGCGAAAGAUCAAAGCCAUGGGUAUUAAAAUGGUAAUCAGUGGUGAGGGUGCCGAUGAAGUCUUUGGCGGAUACCUCUACUUCCACAAGGCACCGAAUGAGCAAGAAUUUUUCGACGAGACAGUUGACAAGCUCAGUCGUCUGCACAUGUACGAUUGCCUGCGUUGUAACAAGGCCAUGAGUGCGUGGGGUGUAGAACCUCGUGUACCUUUCUUAGAUGCUGACUUUUUACAGGUUGCAAUGAACUUGGAUCCUAAGGAAAAGAUGAUUCGAAAGGGACCUGAAAUCUCUAAAGAAGAUACUCGCAUUGAAAAGUGGGCGAUUCGCAAGGCCUUUGAUACACCCGAUGACCCUUACCUACCAGAUGAAAUUUUGUGGAGACAAAAGGAACAAUUCAGUGACGGCGUUGGUUAUGGGUGGGUAGACCAUUUGAAGGACAUUGCUGAUAAAGAAAUUUCGGAUCAAAUGUUUGCCAAUGCUGCCAAUCGCUUCCCUCACAAUACCCCCACGACUAAGGAGGGAUACAGAUAUCGAAUGAUCUUCGAAUCGUUUUAUCCCGGAGAGGCCGCGGAGAAGACCGUACCCGGAGGAAAGUCUAUCGCUUGUUCGACAGAACGUGCGAUGAAAUGGGAUGCUACCUUCGCGCUACGAGCAGAUCCCAGUGGUCGUGCCGCUGGAGUUCACGACGACGCCUACGAUGAAAAGUUCGAGGCUGACACCAAGUUGGCUGAAGACUUCGGUGAACCUGCCGCAAAGAAACCUAAGGUCUAAGCUUGAUUGUGUUAGCAUUUUGAUCUUGAAGAGGAGCUAGACGAGCGGCACGUUAUUCUGAUUAGCUCCGUCCGACUUCCAGUAAAAUACAAUCAUUUUUAUAUAACAUCAAACACAAAACAGAUCAGUAUUUGAAUAACAUAUAGUUACAUGG